AUGGGAGACACCGGUGCCGCCAUCUUCAAGAAAUCCACCAUUGCAUCUCUUGGCGAGCCGAGUAGCUCUCCACCAGCCCGGACAUGGCUUUUCAGUUGGAACAAGUUCCAAGCGGUCUGGGAGUUGAGAGUGGAGCAGGCCAUGCCGACUGGGUAUGUGAACAGCAGCGAGGUUUGGCCUGCAGGCUUGCAGGGGCAGAACUUCUCGGUGACAGCUAUCCGAGAAUUAUCGGCGAGCUACUUGUUGCAGCCCAAUCCGGAGGGCCCAAUUCCGCAGGCGGAGCCGACGUACCCGAAACUCCAGGAGUUCCAGGCGAGCCAACCCGACUAUGCCGAGUUCUGUGACCCGAUGUUCUUGCAAGCGCCCUCCCUCUACCCCGAAUCUCUUGAAGAGAGCAACCCCUGCUACCACACCUUCAACGCAGAACCGCCAGUCCAGGGAAUGGAGAAGGGAAUCACCGAGCAGGCCUUUUGGUCAUGCAGCCAGCGAGAGAGGAUCCGAAGCUACAUGGACUUAUCAACCACGGCAGGAAAGCUGGACUACGAGGCCUGGGAAGCAAACUACGACUUUCAGUGGCAGCAAGCGACCGACGGCCUUGAACUGGGGGCCGCGCUGCUCUCCGCCAUCCCAUGGGGAAACUUCGGCAUGAGCGCCACAAAAGCUGUUGAACAGGCGCAGGAUGCACUGGCCGCGAUUGAAAAAAAUGAGCAGGGCAGAAUCAAGAUCUCGAACAAGAUGAGGAAGGACUUUUUGAAGGGAUAUCUAAAGGGACACGGCAUAGGGACAUUUGGGACUGGGCUACUUACCGCGAAAGCUAUGUCGGACAGGGCAGGGUCCUGGGAGCGUCUUGACCCGCGGACGCACACGAAGUCGCAGAUUGCUGGCAACGCCGCGAAGCAGACGUUCUGGAACGUUCUUGGCGGUUUCGGGGACAUGACAAUCUCGGACCCAGCUCUGCGCUUGUCGGACACGGACACGAAGCUGGGUCAAAUUGCACUCUUGCGGAAGGCCGGGUCAGCGCCCCCGAACGCGGAGAACGUGUCGGAGGAGCUCGCUAAGAUGACUAUUCCGCGCCUGGAGGAUCCCGGACCAGCUGGCUUACCGAAGAACGUCAGAAGUAUGAGAGACACGGCCUGGCAGGACUGCAUGCCUUUGCAGUUUGGCCUCUCGAAGGUGAUGUGCGAUCUGUUCUGUAUUCAGGAUUCAGUACGCCAGGGCACUUCAGCAGUGCUGGAAAGCCUCAAGGGCUCCCACGACGUUCUAAUGCAAAACAUCCAAGCGCUCCUGGACUACCAGACGAAGUAUAUCCUCUGGGCCAUAAACCAGGAGGCUGGCAAGGCCCGGCAGUUCAACGAGGAGUUUGGCAAUGAGGCACUUUCCGGAAAAGAUUUGCUGGAAGAGCUCCGUGCUGACCUUACCCAGCUGAAGGCAGAGGUUGAAGACUAUGACAGUAAUGCGAUGCACAGCGAUAUUCUCGACUGGCACAGAGAUGCUGGUCAAGAUCUCCAUAACCGCAUGGCGCUGAUGUCCUUCAACGUUUCUGCGGACAGCUUGCCCUACCGUGUCAAGUCUGUGCGAAGCAUGCUCCAGCACUUCCGAAUGAGUUUGCGCGGACAAGUCGUUGCCCAGAAAAAGCUGAAAACAUCAGUCCUGGCAGAGAAGCAGUUGGGUGCGAAGAUCCAGCUGUUGCGUCAGCAAGCAGCUCAGCAUCGGGCCCGAACCAAGCAGGCCAAGUCCCUGCACAUGCAGAUGAUGCGGCCGAUCAGCGCCGGCUCGGAAGUUCUGUGGACCUCUCUCUUGGAGUCCUUUCUGCGCAGCCACGAGAAGCAUAGCAUCUUCACCAUGAUCCGGCUCAGAGCUCUGGACCACACGAAUGAAGCCCUGAGAUUGGCCCAGAAUUUCUCCCAGUGUGCAGGUGCCGACACGGCGGCAUUGCAGGACAGUUGGCGCACUGUGCAGCUGGCUGAAGAGAGAUGCGCGCAGGCGUUGUUGGAAGCUUGGGCCGCCACGCUGACCAGCGCGGAACGGCUGCAGAUCGCCCUGGAGGAUGAGAACAUUGUGGCCAACCUGCUCGAGGGAGUCGAGCUUGGACAGGGCCUGGACGUUGCCCCCGAGGACUGCGCAAGCUUCAGCACGAUCUCUCAGAAGCUCUUCAGCCAUGCGGUCUUAGCAGUCGACCAGGCGUUGCGACCGUUGGUGAUGCAGAUUGUCACCUUCCAGGCGCUGAAGAUGUUCCAGGAGCAGGAGCUCAAGAGCCGGCGCUCCGAGUACAUCCCUUUUGAGACCAUGUCCUUCGCUGGCUUGACAAAGCGCCUGGCAGCUAUCGGCGACCCAUCCCAAGCUCCAGGCCGUGCGCUCGCCACAAGAGCACUCAACUACUUGGGCAGCAAAGCAUGCCCAGCACCAACAACUUGUCUGCAAGGAAUGCUCCUGGGAAGAGAUUCUGGCUGGAUCGUGCCCCAGCCUGGAAGCUUCUUGUUCGGCGAGAGCUCGGAGGUCGUAGCUUGCAACAACCACACAGCGCUGAUCCCCGAACGCAGCGCUGCCUUGGACAAGCAAGCCCUCCCACAUCUCUUGCUACUGGAAGCUGCCGAAGACCUGCAGUGA